AAGUCCAACAGGUCCAACAUAUGCCUCAAAAGGUAGGUUUUCAAGUCCAUAAGCAUUAUCUGUUAGCUUCAACACAAUGUAAGCCUUAUAACGCGUCGCCGGGGAAAGGAUGGAAGUACUAAUCUUCCCACGGAUUUCAAACCACCAAACCUGUCUAAGCAUCGUAACCUCAUUGAACCUGUUUGUAAGCAUGAAUUAGAGAUCUCAUAAUGCAAAGUAUUGCUCCUCACAUAAUUAUUUUUCUAGGUUGGGGAAGGGACUUUAAAAGUAAUCAAUCAAAUAAUUAAAUAUGUAACUACAAAAAAAGAAACACCUUGAAUCGGGUACGGAGAUCCACUUCCAAUAUGCAGGAGUAUCACCCCAGGUAAUUUCGAGGCCCCUGGCACCUAGCAUGUAACAUUUUUUGCCACUCCUUUUCUCUAGUGAAAGGCUCUAUGCAGUUGAUACAAAUUAUUAAGACUCAACAAGUGAAAAAGAAUGGGGAAAACCACUCCUUAAGCUAUCAACUUUACUCCUAAAUUAAAAAAAUGCAAAUAAUUAAGUCCUUAAAUAUGCAAUUAGAGUAAAUUAGCCCUUGUUAAUGAUAGUUUUUGUUAAUUUUAGCUAAUGUGACUAAUAAAAUAAAUAAUUGUCAUUAUUGCACAUUUAUUUGAUAAUUAAAAGAAAAUAAAUAAUUUCAAUUUAGUUGUUAAUUUCGUUGAAUUGCAACAAUAUUAAUGCAUUAAUGUUAAAUAAUUUUUUAUAAUUGUCAAAUCAGUUAAUGUGUUAACAAAAGGCUAACUUGCCGCACUUUGGAACAUUCAAGGACCUAUUUGCUUGUUUUUAAGUUUCAAGGGGCUAUAUUGACGUAAGUUCGCAUUAUUUA